AUGGCUACUGUUGGGACCCGUGGUCCCGGCAAGGGGGAUGUCGGUUUACCGGCCAGUAGCCCCCAACGUAGACUGGGCACGGCCGUCGUCGGCUUGCCGACCACUGACGUUCGUGUCCGGGGGAAGAGUGUCGUCGCUUUUGCGACCACUGACACUCGGACCCCAAUCAGUGGCUUAGCUCUAGACAAUAUCGAUGAUUGUGCAGCUCUACCUUGCUUAAAUAACGGUAUCUGUCUCGAUGGAAUCAACAGGUUUACCUGCACCUGUUCACAGGGAUGGACAGGCACACGUUGCGAGAUAUCCAUUAGGUGCAGAGUGGACUACACACUAGGCGUUGGGGAGAAGGUCAUUAUCAACUCGCCCAACUACCCAUCCAAUUAUGGUAACGGUGAAGACUGUCUGUGGUUUAUCACUGGUAUCAACGGUCGUGACGUCAACAUCGACUUCAAGGACUUCAUCACAGAAAACAGAUAUGACAAUUUCAGGAUUGGAGUCGGGUCUGAUCCCGAUAUUGGCAGUCAGCGGAUGGGUUUCGCUGGUCCUAUCAUGCCAGGUGACACCACACUGACGGCCAACACUAUCUGGGUCCAGUUCCAGACCGACAACGAAAAGACAGAGAGGGGUUUCUCCGUAGAAUUCCGUGACAGUGCUUACAGAGUUCUGACGCCUUGCGAUGCAAAGCCCUGUAUCAACGAAGGUGUCUGCACUAAUGUCGGAACCGUUCGGUUCGAGUGUCAAUGCACCUCCUUGUGGACAGGACCAAACUGCCAGACACCCUCAGUGAGAAAUAAGUGUGGAUUAAAUCCCUGUACAAACGGAGCUGAAUGCCUGAAUAGUGGAGUGGAUUACACAUGCCUCUGUCCAGGCGGUUUCACUGGAAAGAACUGCACUGCUGACAUCGAUGAAUGCGCUGGGAACCCAUGUCAAAAUGGCGGUGAAUGUUACAAUCUCAUCAAUGCCUAUGUGUGCGUUUGUCAGUCAUGCUACUCUGGACGCAACUGUGACGUCGCUCCGUCUUCUGCAGCAUGCAUUGUGAAUCUUUGUGAGAAUGAAGGAGGUUGUUCCUUCGCUGGUGGUGCCUACCAGUGUUCGUGUCGAGAUGGGUAUGCGGGAGACUACUGCCAAGACGAUACUGACAAGUGCCGCUUCAACCCUUGCGAUUUUGGUGCAUGUUCCACUGUUGAUGACAGCUACCAGUGUACGUGCAACGAAGGAUACAUAGGAACUCAGUGUGACAUCGAAGGUAAAGUUCAGGAUCAUAUCGCAUUAGAUGAAACCAAUAUGUAAUGAUAACGCGUGAGAAGUUAUAUUUCAGUUUGCUUAUUUAAUGUGCAGAGCCAAGACCAUGUAGCCACGCAAUCGUAAUUGG